AUGCUGCUGCGUUCUACAUGGCCGUGCACUCAGUUAUGUUUUUACAGGCACUCCUGUGCGCCGGCUCUCAGAUGUUCUCAGGUUCUGGCGUAUCAAGCAGCUCGUGCCGUGUGGCCAGAGCUUGCCAUCUUGGAUCCGAUUGUUGGAGGGCUCACCCUGGUGUUGGUCGCCCAUCAGGCCUUCAUCCUGAACUGGUGGGUCCAAAGUGGUCAGAUGCACCGAGUAGACGCCUUCCUGGUGCCUGGCAUUUUCAAUCUCCCAGUAUCUUUGCACCUCCUGGCUGGCAGCCAGGUAUGGUGGGAAGAGCUUUGCAGCCGAUAUGAAGCCUGGCCAGAGUUCUUCUUUUCGGGCAAUUUUGCCGUCGCAUGGGCUUGCGCUAUGGUGACGCUGGUGCUGUCAUUGUACGAGAGGAGGGUCAUCAGUCUGGAGCUGCGGAGCUUGCUGAUGCUGACCUUCCCCGCAGUGGUGUUCCUCACGGUCUUUCUUCGCGCGUCGGUUUUGCUGCCGCAUGCGCUGGAAGAGAACCUUUGGCUGCUGCUGACACUGAACCCGUGA